AUGGUGCACUUCAGCGCAGAGGCAGAGUUUCAGUGGUACUGCGAGGGGAGGCGAGCAGGCUGCAGCAAGACGACCGAUUGCAGUCACCUUCAGGAGGUCAAGAGAGCGCUGCAGAGGAGAGAGGGGGUGAGCAGAUUGGAUGGUCGCCUCUUCUCGGAAUCGCAGCUGGAGCGGGCCAGAUUAUGGCUGCACCAGAAGGCCAGUGAGGUGGCGGUUGGGAAGCAGCACGCCGGUCCCACUCCCCCGCAAGCCGGUGAAGAGAGUUGUGCAGACGGCGAAGCCGGUCCCCAGGAAGAGCUGGAAGCCCUUACGGAUGAAGAGCGUUAUCUCCUCGGUCUUGUCGCGGGGGAGCAGCACGACGCAGUAUGCAAGGGUGACGUUUGCUUUUGCAAGCAGCAUCUCUCACUGUUCGGUGGGGUGGGUCUUGACAGGCAGCCCUGCGAAGGCCGGUGUUGUAGUCCUGCGAAUAGCAGCGCAACUGGGAAGCGUCCGCGAGCCGAGACUGAGAACGGGACUUUCGUCACAGGGUCUGCACAACGGGGGGUGAAACGGAGGUCUAAAACCUACUGGGCCGCUCAGCCACUGCUGGAAGCAACUUGCGAUCUGAUGUGGUGGACCUUGGAGAGGGUAGAGACUCCAAAGCUCGUGCGCCCGACAGACGGGUUGGCCGUCCAUGACCCCCCCGUCACAUUGUUGAAGCAGCCGGUGAGAGUGAGCCAGCUGGUGGCGCGAGAUUUCGAGGAACUGAGCAGAAUGGCGGGCUUAUGCGCUCCUUGUCCAAGAGAGCCGCCCCCCUGUGGGACGGGCUGGUUGAGCCUGAUGCAGACGUCUCACAUCUACUCGCUGGACUGGUCGCAGGAGCAUCUGCGGACCCCACCCGGAGGUACUUCUCUGCGACGGCAUCGCGGGGCUGGCUUGUGCCGACGGCGGGCGGCAGAAGGGAGGGCUGGCUGGGUCCAGCGCUGCGCAGUUGCGGCCAUUUACGGCGCCGAGUCAAGAUGCCAAGGGGGUGAAUGUUGUGAAGCUGAUGGAGCCGGGGGUGGGGCUGCGGCCUUGGGUGGGGCUGGCUUGAAGCGGCGUUUGGUGCACCAACCAGAGUUGCGUGCAUUGAUUGCGCGCUUCAGCCAGCAUCAUCCUGGCGACCCUGAUCUAGGAGCCAAGCUGAGCAACGUGGAGUUCGACGAAUUGCUGGCCGCACUCGACCGAGAGGACGUGCAGGUCGCCCCAGAGUUCGUGCCGAACCCCGUCGACGAAGAGGCCGACCCAGUGCUUUUCUACGAGCGGCGCCGCCUUCUCCUCGACCAGUUUGCACAGAUUCGAUCGAAGAAUGGUGCAAUGCUGGCGAAUCUAGAGGGGAUCAAGACAGAGGCCCUGCGAGCUUCCCCUCUACGACCACCGCGAUGCCCCCCAAAGUGGGCGGAGCUACUCUAUGGCUUAGGCACGCCGCAGUCGGUCUCCGAUGACAGCAAUCUGAUUCAGCAUAAGCAGGCUCUGGCCGUGGUCAGGAAGCUACUCCUAGGGGGAGUUGCCAACCUAGAUGAUAAGGCGAUCUUAGCUGAGCACGCCCCCAUCCUGGGGCGGUUGCUGGACCACUUCGGGUUCGGUUUCCCCAGGUAUUUCACCCCAGCGUUGCACCAUCUCUAUCGGCUGACCCUCUUCGGCCGAGGUGCUGUCGGGCUUGGGGUGGGACGAGCUGGCUGGCCGUUGUCAGCUAUCGAGGGCCUCGACAACUGCGUCUCGGCAGCACGCGACUUCGUGGAGCGCCCGUGGACCCGCACCGCAGAACGCCUGCAGGCCGUGGAGUUCGGGGAGACGAGAGCGAAUGCCCUGCUCCCCGGUGUCGAGAGCUUGACAGCGCCCUCUACGGCGUUGUACCCGCUUCGUUGUGUUGUACGCCGUAUAGCCAAGUACGUGAAGUACGCCGUAUAG